CGGGCGCGGGCGCGGGGCAGGCGGGGGCCGCCAUGCGCACGAUGUACAAGGUGCGGCCGCUGCAGAGCGCGGAGCUGCCGCCGGGGCACCUGCCCACCUGCAUGUACCGCCUGCCCAACCUGCACCGCGCCCCCGGCACCGCCGCCCCGCAGGAAGAGGUUGACCCAUCACUUCAAGCUCUCGAGUCCCGCCAGGAAGAGAUUCUCAAGCGGUUGUACGAACUGAAGAGUGCUGUGGAUGGGCUCUCAAAGAUGAUACAAACCCCAGAUGCUGACUUUGAUGUAACAAAUAUCAUUCAAAGUGAUGAAUUCUCUCCUUUGACAGCAAAUGGAGGAGAUUUAGAUUUGAUGCUCGGAAAGGAUUAUGGUGCCCUGAAAGAUGUUGUCAUCAAUGCAAAUCCUUCCCAACCUCCACUGUCCUUGUUAGUGCUACACAGUCUGCUUUGUGAACGGUACAAAAUAUUAUCAGCUGUCCACACACAUUCAUCAGUGAAAAGUGUGCCAGAAAACCUCCUGAAAUGCUUUGGAGAGCAGACUAAGAAGCAGCCACGUCAUGAGUAUCAGUUGGGCUUUACUCUGAUUUGGAAAGAUGUUCCAAAGCCCCAGAUGAAGUUCAGCAUCCAAACAAUGUGCCCCAUAGAAGGAGAAGGGAACAUCGCUCGCUUCCUCUUUUCCCUGUUUGGCCCCAAGUACAACGCAGUUACCUCAACCCUGAUCGACAGCUGGGUGGACACGGCCAUCUUCCAGCUGCAGGAGGGCAGCAGCAAGGAGAGGGGAGCAGUGCUGCGCUCCAUGAACGCUGCCCUGGGCAAGAGCUCGUGGCUGGUGGGCAGCGAGCUGUCGGUGGCAGACGUGGUGGCCUGGUGUGCCCUGCAGCACACGGGCACUGCCAACGCCGCCCCCGCCAACGUGCAGAAGUGGAUGAAGUCCUGUGAGAACCUGGCACCUUUCAGCUCUGUGAUGAAGCUGCUCAAGUGAGCCUGUGCUCCUCAGACGGGUGUCAUUUUAAUCUUGUUCCACCUCAGGCCUGCUGUAGUGUGUGAGUCCUUUCUGGGCUCUGUAUUUAUGUUCCGCACUUGGACGGAAUUCUGAAGUCAAUAAAAACACUACAGCUGCCUUUUGAGUGUGACCUUCCUCUUUUGUACCUGAUGCAUAACAUGUGUGUUUGUUAAAUGAUUUUAAGAUGUGUAAAUUAGUCCUGUGUAA